AUGUGGUCUCUGGGGCUAGCUGGCGUUAUUUUGGCUGUCACUCAAGGUGUCCUCGCUUCCUCCUUUGGGGCGCACGCAGUCAAAGAACGUCUGGCAGAAAUUCCCCGUGGAUGGAGGUACCAUAGUAAAGUGCCAUCUGGCUACCCUCUCAAGUUAAAGAUUGCUCUACCCCAGCCCAACUUCGAUGUGCUCGAGCGUGAGCUUUAUGAGGUCAGCGAUCCCAAUCAUUCUCGUUAUGGGAAGCACCUCUCCUCUGAGGAAGUCAACAAGCUGGUUGCACCUCACCCAGAAGCACUCACUUCAGUUGACGAAUGGCUGGCCUCUCACGGAUUCGAGAUAUCGACGCUCGAGCGUUCCCCUGCGCGCGACUGGGUGACUAUUGUCCUCCCAGUGUCCAAAGCGGAAGAAAUGCUGGGGACUGAGUACGCCGUUUGGGAGCAUGUUGAUUCUCAAGAGAAGAUUGUGCGCACCAUGGAGUAUUCCUUGCCUGAAUCUCUCCAUAAACAUGUUCAUUUGAUUACCCCCACAAUCAUGUUCGGAAGCCCCCGCCCCCAUAAAGCAACUUUCCAUUACGAAGAUUUGCCAAAGAGCAAGAGUGUUGCUGCCACCCCUGAUCCUUCUUGCAACAACACGAUCACUAUAUCUUGCUUACAGGCGCUGUAUAACAUCGGCAAUUAUACCGCAACUGUUAAGAGCAACCGCCUUGGAAUUGCGGGCUACCUUGAGGAGUUCGCCAAUUUUGCUGAUCUCCAAACUUUCUACAAGAAGUACUACCCUGUUGCCGUCGGCUCCAACUUCACGGUUGAGUCAAUCAAUGGCGGCGUCAACCCACAGGACCCCGACGAGGCGGGUGGAGAGGCACAACUUGAUGUCCAAUAUGCUGGAGGAAUCAGUUAUCCCGUCCAGAAUGUAUAUUACACCACUGCAGGCCGACCUCCAUUCAACGCCUCCCUCGGAACUCCAGACAAUAACUCGGAGCCUUACCUUGAAUUCCUCCAGUACCUUCUUGCGCAAAAAAACCCGCCCCAGACUAUCUCUACAUCAUACGGUGACGAAGAACAAACUGUCCCCGUCGAGUAUGCGAAGCGUGUCUGUGGGCUAUUUGCUCAGCUUGGUGCUAGGGGUGUCACCUUUUUGUUCUCAAGCGGAGAUGGUGGAGUUGGAGACGGUAGAGCUACCAACUCUACCGACUGCGUAUCGAACGAUGGCAAGAAAACCCGCAAAUUCCUUCCUGCCUUCCCGGCUUCAUGCCCAUAUGUCACUUCUGUAGGAGGCACCCAUUUUGUUCCAGAAGUUGCUGUUGGCUUCAGUGGAGGUGGAUUCUCUGAAUAUUUUGAUCGACCCAUCUACCAGGCCGUUGACGUUCCCAUUUAUCUCAAAAAGCUGGGAAGUACUUACUCUGGCUUGUACAAUGCUAAAGGCCGCGCAUACCCCGACAUUGCUGCCCAAGGCUCACGCUUCCGCGUUAUUGUAGGCGGCACUGACUACUCCAUUGGUGGAACUUCCGCAUCUGCCCCAACCGUUGCCGGAAUCAUUGCGUUAUUGAACGAUGCUCGUUUGGCCAAGGGCUUGCCUGCUUUGGGAUUCUUGAACCCAUGGUUAUACACACUGGGACGGUUCGGCUUGAAUGAUAUCACUUCAGGGAACAACCCAGGAUGUGGUACCCCUGGAUUUAAUGCUACAGCAGGAUGGGACCCUGUCACUGGAUUGGGAACACCAAACUUUGGAAAGCUGAAAGUAAUCGCAGCGCCGUAG